AUGGAAGAAGAGAUGGUUUCAGCAGCAAGAGAGGUUGGAGGGUGGAGAAGAGAAAGAUUCAAGGGCGUGGUCCCACAGCCAAACGGCCACUGGGGCGCACAGAUAUACGCCAACCAGCAGCGCAUAUGGCUGGGGACGUUCAAAUCCGAGACGUCCGCAGCCAUAGCCUACGACAGCGCCGCCAUGAAGCUCCGCCACGGGGAUUCCCACACAAACUUCCCACCAACGGCUCUGGAACUUGGGUUCCAGAGCCAGUUGAGCACGGAAGCCGUGCUCAACAUGAUCCGUGACGGAUCGUAUCCGUCACACUUGUCCGAAUUCCUAAGGAAGCAGGGAGAGCUGGAGAUAGGGUUAAACCCAUCAUCACUGUAUGGGUGCUCCUGCAGCCUCCUCUUCCACAAGGAGCUGACCCCAAGCGACGUGGGCAAGCUCAACCGCCUCGUCAUCCCCAAGAGGUACGCGGUGAAGCAUUUCCCCGACGUGCCCGGGGAGCAGCAGGUGCAGCUGGAGGUGUACGAUGAGGCCAUGAGCCUCUGGAAGUUCAGAUACUGCUACUGGAAGAGCAGCCAGAGCUUCGUGUUUACCCGAGGCUGGAACCGGUUCGUCAAGGACAAGGGCCUCCGCUCCAACGACACCGUCGCUUUCUACACCUAUCAGACCCCACAUUUGGGGAAGUCGUUUCUAGUCAUUCAUCAUGUGGCCGCUCAGGCUCAAUCAUCUCCUAUUACUAUUACUACUCCUAAUAAAGGGUUUAAGCUUUUUGGAGUCCAAAUUGACUAACUCAGUUUUGUAAUUUCAAACAAUUGAUGAGAAUGAAUAGU